CUGGGCGUGUCCCGCAGGCGCACGGCAUGCUGGGAAGGCGUCCGCGCGGCGGCCAUUUUGUCUUGUCGGCUCCUGUGUAUAGGAGGGUUUUCGGCCUGAGAGCGGGCCGAGGAGAUUGGCGACGGUGUCGCCCGUGUUUUCGUUGGCGGGUGCCUGGGCUGGUGGGAACAGCCGCCCGAAGGAAGCACCAUGAUUUCGGCCGCGCAGUUGUUGGAUGAGUUAAUGGGCCGGGACCGAAACCUAGCCCCGGACGAGAAGCGCAGCAACGUGCGGUGGGACCACGAGAGCGUUUGUAAAUAUUAUCUCUGUGGUUUUUGUCCUGCGGAAUUGUUCACAAAUACACGUUCUGAUCUUGGUCCGUGUGAAAAAAUUCAUGAUGAAAAUCUACGAAAACAGUAUGAGAAGAGCUCUCGUUUCAUGAAAGUUGGCUAUGAGAGAGACUUUUUGCGAUACUUACAGAGCUUACUUGCAGAAGUAGAACGUAGGAUCAGACGAGGCCAUGCUCGUUUGGCAUUAUCUCAAAACCAGCAGUCUUCCGGGGCCGCUGGCCCAACAGGCAAAAAUGAAGAAAAAAUUCAGGUUCUAACAGACAAAAUUGAUGUACUUCUGCAACAGAUUGAAGAAUUAGGGUCUGAAGGAAAAGUAGAAGAAGCCCAGGGGAUGAUGAAAUUAGUUGAACAAUUAAAAGAAGAGAGAGAACUGCUUAGGUCCACAACCUCGACAAUUGAAAGUUUUGCUGCACAAGAAAAACAAAUGGAAGUUUGUGAAGUGUGUGGAGCCUUUUUAAUAGUAGGAGAUGCCCAGUCCCGGGUAGAUGACCAUUUGAUGGGAAAACAACACAUGGGCUAUGCCAAAAUUAAAGCUACUGUAGAAGAAUUAAAAGAGAAGUUAAGGAAAAGAACAGAAGAACCCGAUCGUGAUGAGCGUCUAAAAAAGGAGAAGCAAGAAAGAGAAGAAAGAGAAAAAGAACGGGAGAGAGAAAGGGAAGAAAGAGAAAGGAAAAGACGAAGGGAAGAGGAAGAAAGAGAAAAAGAAAGGGCUCGUGACAGAGAAAGAAGAAAGAGAAGUCGUUCACGAAGUAGACACUCGAGCCGAACAUCAGACAGAAGAUGCAGCAGGUCUCGGGACCACAAAAGGUCACGAAGUAGAGAAAGAAGGCGAAGCAGAAGUAGAGAUCGACGAAGAAGCAGAAGCCAUGAUCGAUCAGAAAGAAAACAUAGAUCUCGAAGUCGGGAUCGAAGAAGAUCAAAAAGCCGGGAUCGAAAGUCAUAUAAGCACAGGAGCAAAAGUCGGGACAGAGAACAAGAUAGAAAAUCCAAGGAGAAAGAAAAGAGGGGAUCUGAUGAUAAAAAAAGUAGUGUGAAGUCCGGUAGUCGAGAAAAGCAGAGUGAAGACACAAACACUGAAUCGAAGGAAAGUGAUACUAAGAAUGAGGUCAAUGGGACCAGUGAAGACAUUAAAUCUGAAGUGCAGCGUAAGUAUGCACAGAUGAAGAUGGAACUAAGCCGAGUAAGAAGACAUACAAAAGCCUCUUCUGAAGGAAAAGACAGUGUAGUCCUGCAAAACAUUUUGAGGACUACUGUUCGAAGAUUUUUGGAAGAAUACUGAGAACGGCAUAAAGUGAAGAUCGACAUUUAAAAAAUGAGGUGAAAGAAAGCUAUAGUGGCAUAGAAAAAGUAUAAAGCUCAGUUAGUUUUUUUAUUAUUAUUAUUAUUAAAAGUUAAUUCAGGACUGAUGUGACCUACCAGAUUUCAGAACAUGUGUUAAUAGUAUAUAUGCCACUGAAAACUUAGGUCCUGUAUCAUACUUUUUUCUUUAAGACUUUUUAAGAAAUAUUACUUAAACAUGUGGCUUGCUCAGUGUUUAAUUGCAAAUUUUCAUUCUCGGACUUUGAAAACAGGAUUAAACGUUAGUAUUUGUGUGAAUCAGACUAAGUGGGAUUUCAUUUUUACAACUCUGCUCUACUUAGCCUUUGGAUUUAGAAGUAAAAAUAAAGUAUCUCUGACUUUCUGUUACAAAGUUGAUUGUCUCUGUCAUUGAAAGGUUUUAGUAUUAAUCUUUUUCUAAUAAAGUUAUUGACUCUGAACUAGUCCCCUGUUUUAAAUACAAGAGUUACACUAUCACUAGAGGUGUUGGUGUACAGUUUUAUCUAAUUUGUUCUGUUUAAGACUAAUUUUUAUAGAGUUUCUAAUGUUUUAAAUAAUGGUGCUUCAAUUUUAGGUGGUUAUGAAUAAAUUUGAAUUUUGCUUUUAAUAGCAAAGAUGUACAGUGAACUAAAAUAUAUUUUUACAUCCCUGAGAAAUUCCUUUAGUAGAAAAUUCCAAGUAUCCUGACAAGCACUCUUUAGCUAGCCAGCUAUGAAAUAAUGAUGUAGAAAAGCAUUCAAGUGCUAGUUUUUGUUAAGUCCUGUAUCAAGAUUUCUUCUCACCCGGUGGUGUCAGUUUAUAAAUGUACUUGUGUAUAGGGUGUGUACUAUAUAUGGCAAGGGUUUUUCCCCCCUCUUAAAUGAUUAUUUUUGUGUCACAUCUAGGAAAACUGGCAGCAUGUUUCUAUCUAUAGCCAGCUUCAACUGUAUAAAAGUAUUCUCUCCAGCUACGUGUAUACACACGCACAUAUAUAUCAUAGCAAUUCCUUGUGGUUUAUAACUUUCAAAUACUGCUAUCAGUUUAUAGGUAAAGAAACUGAGUGUGUUAAAUGACUUACCCAGGGAGGGUCUUGUGGCUUCAUGUUUAUGGAGUUGCUAGGUCUCUGUCUCAUGGUCCAGUGCCUAACUGUUAAGACACUGUGUUGAUUCUAAUAGGCAUAAUGAAUUGUUAAAGAAUUUACUAAAAUCUCUUCCACCAAACUUUGAAAAAUAAUGAAGCCCCCAGUUUAGAGGCUCUGUUGGAAAAAAUGCUGUGGAGACAGAGCCCUCCUGGCUCCCUAGCUGAUCCUGGAGAUGCAGCAAUAGAUGAGUGGGUUAUCUCUGAAUUUGUAAGAGAUGAUUCACAUGAGGAUUAAGAUAAAAUGGGAGGUAAAAUCUAACAAACACAAAGAUAGCUCCCAGGCACUGCUUUGUGUAGUUUGACAAGAUUGUGGUUGUAGUAGCAGAGGACUAUAAAAUGAUAGUUUUUAAACCAUAUUCUGUCCCUAAGUAUUAAAAAAUCUAGGAAGUUAUUAAAAUACAAGAUUUGUUCUGCUCUGUCUCCUCUAGAAUCAACAUCUAACUUAAAUGAAGUAUAAUAAAUGAGCUCAUAUGAAACGGCUUCCUCUAUGGACACUUAGAUCUAUUGUAACUAUUGAAGUUACCUGGGAUUUGGGGGCGGUGGGAGGAGGACCUGCCUCCUCAGGGCAGCUAUGACUAAGGCCUGGCUUUAGUUAUGGAGAGAGACCUAGAAGUUGAAUUUUACACCCAAAAUUGAUGUGGCUGAAGAACUGAUUCUUGCUAACCAUCUCAUAAGAAUCCAGUAUGAGACCAGUUCACUAGAAGAAACAAACAUUUCUGCCAUGCAGACCAAAAAGUUAUUAGUUGGUGAAUAUAUAUUUUCUCUUUGGAAAGUCUUUAAGGGGAGCAAACCAGUUUUAAUCAGAUUGCUUGGGAAGUUUGAAAUCUGCAAUCAGUUGGUCUUUAAAAAAAACCAACAGCUUUAUUUUGAAAAUUUAAAGACAUGCACAAAAGAGGAACAAUAUAAUUAACCUCUGUUAACUCAUCACCAACAAGACUUAUGACCACUCUUAUACUUCAUGAGUGAUUGUAUUUGUAUCCACUGUCCCCUAUUAUUUUUGAGCAAAUCUCAGACACACCAUUUAAUCUGUAAAUAAUUCAGCAUGUAUCUCUAAAAGACAAAGACCUCUUAAAUAACAGUUCACUAGUAUAAAACAAAUUGGGUAAACUUUUAUCAGUCAUCAAACCAUAUAGCACUGGUCCAAUAGUUUAAUUUCCAUUGAGCCUUUCAGGAGCACCGACCAGUCUGCUGUUCAAGACAUCCUCUCCUCUGGAAUGUAGAGAUGAUACAUAUCAUGCUUCUUUUUGUUAAAACACUUUUUUUCCCCCUUCAAACACAGUCCAGUCAUUUUUCAGUUUGGGUUGAAACAUCCUUCUUGUUUUCUUGAUCUUGAGCUUAUAAUAACCUAGUCAUAUUGCUCAGCUCAGAUAUUUUUACCCCCUCUCCUUAGGCAUUCUGGUUCCUUAAAUAUAGUUAGUGUCACAGAGGAUAAUGAACCUUAUUUCCGAGGUCUGAGAACACUUGGACCACACAUUGGUUGAGCUCAGCCACCUUCUGAUUAAAGUUUUCAGAGUUGUUAAGAACUGAACAUUUUUAUGGUGGAAGUUCUCUGAGCCCUCAUCCAUUCUGUUUUUAAAAAUGCAUUGCCGAUGGGCUAUGUGAAUAUGUUUUUAAACAUGUUAUGUGCAUGAAACAUAAAACACUUUAAGUUAUUAUUAUGUAUACAAUUCUGUGGGAUGGGACUUCAUUCAGGGUUGGUUUUCAAGCUUGAUUUCCUGAGGGAUGUUUUAGUUGUUUGUGAAAGAACCCCAGGUCUACUUUUGAAAUUUUGUAUUAUAAUUGUAAUGUUGCCCAUGGUUUAAAAAAAAAAAAAAAAAGUGUUUAGUGAUCUGUCUCCUACUACUCCUAUCCCUCUGUUUUUCCUCUGCAGGAGCUUGCUGCUGUUAACAGUUAUUCUUCCAAGUAGUUUUCUUUGUGGGGAGAUGGGAGGUGGGAGGAAAUAUAAACAUAUAUGUAUAAAUCUUUCAAAAUAUAUGACGGUAUACCCGUAUCUUCUGAGUCUUGGUGUUUUUACCUGGUAAUAUUUAGAAAUAUUUAUUUUGAGAUAAAGGAGACAGCACUUUUAAGUUGAACCUGUAGUUUUAAAAAGUACAUUUCAAAUAAGCCAAAGCAGAGAAGUAAAUGUAUUUUUCAUUGUUGUAUCAGAAUUUUGAAUUUACUAUUUUAAAAAUUCAAGAGUUUUGUAGCUGAUCUAUUUCUUCCCCUCAGCCAUCCCAAAUAGGUCAUUUGUCAACAGAUUUAAGAAUGUUUAGGAACAACAACUUUGAGAAACGGGAAACAAUUUGGCAUAAGUGGGUGUGCCAUAACCUCUCAUAGCCAUUCACUCUCGGAUACAUACCCUAGAGAAACUCUUACACAUGUGUACCAGGGGAUGGAUUUAAGCAUUGUGUGUAAUAGGAAGAAAAGAAGAAAAAACCUGGGAAGACCCUAAGUGUCCACCAACAGUGUGUUGGAUAAAUACUGUGGUAUAUUCCAACAGUGGAAUUCCACAGAAGUGAAACCGAACUGCAGCUCUAUAUGUGAACAUGGACAAAACUCAACAA